AUGUCCAUAGUAUCCAGAAUAGCUUAUCUUAUUGGAACGGUAUUAAUAGCCCACUCCGGCUACUCGUCAUACGAAUUUAAUCAAUUCAUAAAAUCCUCGUCUUCGACGUUGGAACUUCCUUUGGACAUCAAACUAGAAGCCAUUGCCGGUCUUAUAUUAUUUGUGAUUGGAUCACUUAUCGCGGUGAUAUCUCCUCAUCAAUACACCCUUUUGGAAAAUGAUCCUAUAUAUACAGCGAUUCCCCAAAACGACUCUGCAUUAUUUAAACCUAUAAAAAUGAAUAAAGCCACUGUUGAAUUAGAGAAAUUGGGGGCUGGUCCUUUUGAGCAGAUUGAGAAUAAGGCAGCAUUCAUCGACAUUUUAAAAAAGAGAAGGGAAUUUGAUGAAUGGGUGAUGAGCAAAGAGUGA